GCUACCCGCGAUUCCGCUUGUUGUCCUUGAACGUCACUUGAGCACUCCUUAUUUUCGCCAGCGAUUCCAAGUGUCUUCCACGCAAGUUCCGGCCAUGAUCAGCACCUCGUCAGUUGCUGUACCGGCCGGGAAAGCGGGCGACGAGGAUGAGGCGGAGAACGAGGAUGAGGGAGGAAGCAGCUCGGAGGAAGAGGCGUUGCCUGGAGAGGCCCGCGCCACCUGGGGAAACCAGUGCGAACUGUUUCUCUCCUGCCUCGGCAUGUCCAUGGGCCUGGGGAGUUUCUGGAGAAUGCCGUCGCUCGUCAGGGCCAACGGCGGAGCCGCCUUUCUGGUCUCGUACGUGGUCGUGUCGCUGACCGUGGCCAAGCCGGUGUUCUUCAUGGAGCUCUUCCUGGGACAGUUCUCCAGCCAGGGUUCCGUCGGCGUCUGGCGGUGCGCGCCCAUCGGCAGAGGCAUCGGCAUCUGCAUGUGCUACGUGAGCCUGCUGAUCAGCACGUACUUCGUGUGCUUCGCGGCGCACGCCAUGCUGUUCGUGUGGAAGUCGCUCGGCAAUCGGCUGCCGUGGGCCACGUGCGACGAGGAGUGGGGCGCCGACGCCGCCUGCUUCGUACGCCAGCGGGGAAAGGUGCCCUGCAAGGACGUCACGUGGUGGCUGGCCGAGCGCUACGCUCACGCCAACCUGACCGAGGGUCACGAGGUGUCGUACGAGGACCUGGUCUUCUACGUGCCCGACGACGUGUACAAGAACAAGUCCGACGGUUGCCAGUACGGCACCAACACGGCCGCCGAGCAGUUUUACUUCCGUCACAUCCUGGGCCUGAGCGAGAGCGUGAGCAUGAAUGGCAACUUCCGCAUCGACAUCCUCGUCUGCAUCGGCAUCUGCUGGAUUGUCUUCUACUUGACCGCCUCCAGGGGCAUACGCCUCUCCAGGAAGUUCGUCUACGUGACGUCACUCGGGUCGUACGCGCUACUGUCGGUUCUCCUGUUACGCGGCCUGGUGCGGCUGCCCGGGGCCGACUUCGGCAUCCACUACAUGCUCAAGCCGGAAUGGAGCAAGCUGCUCAACAUCAGGGUGUGGUACGAAGCUAUGCGGCACAGCCUCCUGAGCGGCGGAGUCUCCACUGGCGUCAUCAUCAACGUGGGCAGCUUCAACCAAUUCUCCAGCGGAACCUACACUGUGGUCGCGGGCGUGGCCCUGGCCGAGGUGCUGCUGGGCCUCGUCAGCGGCGCCGUGGUCUUCUCCGUGCUGGGCAGUCUGUCCGAGCGGCUGGACACGCCCAUCGAGGACCUCGCACGUCACGGAUUGAGUCUGUUGUUCCUGUCGUUCACCGAGGCGGUCGCCGACAUCGACUUCGCGUACGUGUGGAGCGCCGGCUUCUUCGGCGCCUUCGUCCUCUGCGCCCUCGACUCGAACUGCCUCAUGGUGGAGUCGGUGCUGACGCCGCUCAGUGACGAGUUUACCUGCGUGCGCGCCCGAAGACCCCGGACGGCCUUCGCCUACAGCCUCAUCGCGUUCUUCGCCUCCAUGCCACUGGCGAUGCAGAACGGUGUUUACCUGGCCUUCCUUCUUGACACGUACGUACGGGGCAUGCUGGUACCGAUAAUCGCCUUCGUGGAAAUCUGCGUCAUUGUGAUAUUUUACGGAGUGACAAGGCUGGGAUUAGACUACGAGUUCGCGACGGGCCGUCGCCAGUGCUGCUACCUGGAUCUCUGCCUGCGCGUGUUCGCACCCUGCGCUCUUUGCUUCACGAUGCUAUUCUCCCUGUUCGGCAAGCAGCGGGACCUGUACUUCGAGAACUACAAGUACCCGGUGGCCGCCAAGAUGAUCGGCUGGUGCGUCGCCGCCUUUGGGCUGCUGCAGAUCCCCCUCUUCGCAUACGCCGAGCUGUACGCCGCCCACUUCAAUUUCGGCGCAGUUUGCCGACCGAAACCGAUAUGGGGCCCCGACAACCCGGAACUGUUCCAGGGGUACCUGGAGUUUCUGCAAAAGCACGGUGGCAUCAAAUCGCCGUUCACGUCGUCUGCGCGGACCAUGGUCACCAGGGCGAGCCACUUUAGCACCACGACCACCAUGCGGAAGUCGACCGGCGACACCGUGCCGAAGCGAGCGGCUAAAGCCGGCGGCGUUCGCAUCGCGCUGCCCGAGGACGGGGCGCCCGACGAAGACGGCAAGCGCGGCUCACACGCCUUCCGCAAGGCCGCCAUCCGUCGCAUGUCGAUGGCGACGGGCCGCACCCCCAACGAGCUGAAGCGAAUGGAGGUGUUGCUCAAGCUGUGCAGCUCGACCACGUCCGCCAGCGCGACUUCGGACGCCACCGAGCCGGAAUCGAAGCCGAAGCCGUUCGAGCCACCGGACAUCGCCGAGCAACAACCAGCAACGGCCUCGACGGCGACGCAAGUCCGGCGGGGAUCACUGAGCCAAGCGGGUGCUCCAGUAGCCGACUCUCUCGGCUUAGGCGUCCCACCGCACGCCCAGGGCGCGUCCGGAAGCCCGAUCGGCGCGGCGACGUCUCCGGGAGCGACGCGAGAAGGUCGGGACGGUCACGCCAAGCGUCGGGCGAAGGGUCACAUCACCAUCAGCGCGCCCACCGGGGAGCACGAGAGCGGGGUAAAGAUGAAGGACGCCUCGCCGUACGCGCAGCGUCUGAGCAGCAUCCACGGCCCACCAGUGCUGGGCUACAGCGAAGUCCUGCGGCGACCCAGCAUCAAGGUCACGCUUCUCGAGUCCGUGGCGGACUCCGGGCCCGAGAGGGAGAAGCAAGCGGCGGAGCAGGUCAAGAGGGUCGUCAGACACAUCCGGCGAAAGUCCAGCGCCGCCGUGCGCCGGCUCAGCGCCGCCGGGCCGCCCGGCGCUAAUUCUUCAAGGAUGUCCGUCAGCGGGGGUCCCGGCUUCGGAUUUCAGCCUCUCGGAGGACCACCGCGCCGUUCCGUUAGCGAAGAGAACCUCCCGCCGGGUUCGGCUCUUUCGCGACCUUCCGUCAGCGCAUCUCCGUACAUGGCGGGUCCGCGCCGGUCCGUGAGCCGGGGAAGUUUCGCGUACGGUCAUCUUCCUCCUCGGCGCUCCAGCAGCGCUGGGCCCGGCGGAUUCCAUCCGGAGCUCGGCGUUCCGCGCGUGUCCGUGAGUGGCGGCUUCCCUGCGCAACAGUUCGCCGCUCCCAGGGCUUCUGUCGGCGGGGGCCCCGCGUCGGUCCCGCCGUUCGACCGCCGGUCCUCGACGCGCCCCUCUGUCAGCGGGAUCAGCAGCCCUCCCGGGGACUCGGCCUCGCCGUUCAGCGCCGAAGAACUGGCGCGGCUGCGGGAGAUCGCCCACAGGUCGGCGUUGUCGAGCCCCGACAACGACUGACCGGUCGAGACGAACGGAGCAACGUAUCGUCGCCGUCGCCGUUUCAAUUCGGCUGUGCUUCUUCGUGUCGUGGCCGGGCCUGGACGGGCCGCACGCUGGUCGCAGAACCAUUGUUCUACGUUUACAUUUUUUUGUGUUUGCCGAAAGGGGUGCGAACAAAAACAACAACAAAAUAAUAAUAGCCAUUACUUAUGCUGACCAGACGAGAUUCCUGGACAACUUUUC